AUGGCAAGAAGAACAAGCAAAAAAACUAAAAGGGUAGUUGCAAAAACGUUUAAGCCUUCUGGUUUCAUUUCAACGUCAUCUUCGGGCUUACCUAAAUGGCGACAAUCACCGAUUGACUUGACCAGAACAGCCACGUGGCCUAAAAAAUUUCCGUCGUUAUAUUUAACGAAUUAUUGGUCAGACGAAAGUGCAGCUAUAAUAACGAAUACAGGCAAAACAGUCAGCGUUGAAUUUGCAAAUAGAAGAUUGCCCACCAUGACAGGUGGUCCUUUGGGCAACGACACGUAUCAGUUUAUGAAUGUGCAAUUCCGUUGGGGUGUUGAAAAUUCACUUGGCGCUGAACACUCUGUGGAUGGUAUUUGGUACUCCAUGGAAGCACAAGUAAUGCAUUGGAAUAUUCGUUAUGGAACUAUGGAAAGAUGUUUCGAUAAACCAGAUGGAAUCGCAAUACUCUCGUACCUCAUGCAAGUCGUCGGAUGUCCUGGAAUCCCGGAUAAUCCUUCUCUUAAGCCGAUUACGGACAAUUUGUGCAAGAUUAAAAGAAUGGGCAGCAACACUGAAAUUCCACCAACGAAUUGUCUGGCUUGGAUGCUGGAAGCCUGUCUGGGACACGGGUAUUACGUUUAUCCUGGUUCCCUUACAACGCACCCGUACAGUGAAUGCGUUAUUUGGAUAAUUGCAUCGACUGUGACGAAGAUAUCGCUUCGUCAGAUGGAUGCAUUUAGAGCUCUUCGCAAUAUUAGAUCAGAAAAUAUAUUAGAAAAUCGAAGACCGCAACAGAACAUUCACAGAAGAAGAAUUUUCUUUGCCACCGAUAGCGCAGUUGCAUAA